AUGACAACCCUCUUAGAUCUUAUUGGACAGCUGGAAUCAAUUGAGACAAGGACACCAGUGAACCUUAUUCCGCCACUGGCCAAGAUUAAAGCCUGUGACUUGCGAGAGAAGAAGAAGGAAGAACUAUUGAAACAGCUACAGGAUGGCCUCAAGGUAGGACUGUCUCAGCUCCAUGUUGCCAAGGUGACUGGAGGAGCAGUUUCUAAACUCUCCAACAUCCGGGUGGUUCACAACUCCAUUGCCAGAGUACUUCAGGACCAGAAAGAAAACCUCAGAAAAUUCUACAAGAAAGGCAAGAAAUACAAGCCACUGGACUUGUGUUUGAAGGAGAUACGAGCCAUGUGGAGGAGGCUAAAUAAGCAGAAGACCAAGAAGCAGCAACAGAAAGAGCAACUUUAUCCCUUUCGCAAAUACUCUGUGACAGCCUGA